CUCUACUUCGCGGUUUUUGGCCGUGCGAUCUGGGAACGUUUUCUAUGUGAAGUUUGGACAUUUGGGAAUUCUCUGCUGAGGUGGGAUAAAGAAGGAUUCAAUGUUGUUGUUGUUGUUGUUGUUGUUGUUGUUGUUCCAGCAGAUAAAGUCACCGUUGACGUGUGAGGACGUCUGAUCGACGUUGAUCUAUAAUUCAUGCGGUUAAUCAGUCCGUGUCAGAGUGAAGCCGUUUCCAUCACACAACUGAACGCCCUGUAUUAUUUACCAGUGCAGCCACUCGCUCUUUACACCCUACCCUCUGGUUAACACAGCCAGGCUCGUGCUCGUAUGCGCGUUCACGUGUGCUAUUGUGUUUUUAUCAUCAGGGAGAAAAAGAGAGCACCGCGGCCGAUCCUGUUGAUCCAAGCAGCCCCGGUAAGAGACACGCAGCCCCCGCUGGACCAUGGGAGACGAACAGGAAAUCAUGUGCAAACUGGAGAACAUUCUGGAAAUCAGGAACAAGACCAUCCAGAUGCAAAAGAUAAAGUCGCGUUUGAAGAUCGAGUUUGAGGCUCUGGAGUCGGAGGAGAAGCAUCUCAAGGAGUACAAACAGGAAAUGGAUCUGCUGCUGCAGGAGAAGAUGGCACACGUGGAGGAGCUGCGGCUCAUCCACGCAGACAUCAAUGUGAUGGAAAGCACGAUAAAGCAGUCGGAAAACGACCUGAACAAACUGCUGGAAACGACCCGUCGUCUGCACGACGAGUACAAGCCCCUGAAGGAGCACGUGGACGCCCUGAGGAUGGCCCUCGGUCUGCACAGACUUCCUAACCUCAACGAGGAAGAGGAGAAACUCUCCCUGGAGUAAGUCUUCACUCACACACACACACUCACACACGACCAAACCCAGGCAGAAACCAAAGACUUUUUUUUAACCUGCACUGAUGUAGAUAUUUUUUUCCCCCUUGUGAAUCUUUUUGUAGCCUCUUUCCUGUCAGGAAAUCUGAAACUAAUCUGUGAUAAAGUGUCAAUAUCGGUUCAGUGUCCAGGAUUUUUUAGGCCGGUGUAAUUUUCAGCCAUCACAGUGUAAAUAAAUGAAUGAUGAGUAAAUAUUAGAUGAUGGUGUUUCACACCCAGCUCGCUCCCAUACGCCACGCCACGCCCUGCCCCCCCCCCCCAACCGCCACCCGCCAAUUUUCUGUGGUCCGCUUCUCUAACGAUAUGGAAGCCCACUUGACUUUCCACAGCCAUGUAGAUAUGAGGGUCCACACGGGGACACCAGACCAGGUCUGCUCUCGAUAUGUGUGGGACAUCUGUCAAAGGUCCAAGAAUUUCAGCUGCGGUGAAUAAAUGAACUGUUAGUGAAAAUAAUUAUGCGUCAGGAAUGUUAGUGAACAGGAAUCAAAUCCCGACAGCAACCCAGUCUGAUGACCGCUGGGAAUGUGAGCCGUCUACACCCUUAGGCCGUCUAGCUAAACAAAAAAAUGGGUCCGUGGCCAGGCGUGAUUGUGUUGCCCGACGGUUUUCAGCGAGAUGAGAAAUGUUCUGUUUUAGAACCCACUCGCUGGGAAUCCGACGCGUCAGUGAUUUGUCUGGCUCGGUGUGGAGUCGUUUACAAAACUGUUAGAUUAACAACCUAUUUGUGUCGCCUAUAUGUUAAUAUUUAGUUUGGAUGUUUAAAAAAAAAAACACUUUAUUUUUAUAAUCAUAUUUAUGAAAUACAUUAAAUCACACCACAUAAAUAUGGCAGGUGGCGCUGAUCCGAGGCGGUAAUGGAAUAUUUGAUAACAUGCACAACUGUCAGUCAUAGAUAUGUGUGUUAUGGCUGAGUGACUGCAACAACAGCUGACAUUUAAAUGUCCCUGAUUGGACAACUAUUUCACAAUCACAGCACCUAUCGCUGACCGUCGUCCACGUCCACGGCAUUCGCACAUGCUAGGUGUCCCGUGGUGGUCUUAGACUUUCUAGGAUCUAGCAGCAAAAGGUCAGGGGUCAUCGUUAGUCCUGCUGUCACUCACAUAACAAGUUUAUUUCCCCGGUGAAUUAAAUUAAACCAACGAUGUGGUGGAAUCAUGAAAACCGAUCAGUCGCCACUUCCUCGGAAUAAAAGUGAACUGUACCUGAAAUAAUAAACAUCCUAACGUGUCUCAGUCCACCAGGCGGCGCUCUGUUUAUCCAUAAACAACAUCUAAUGUUAUCACAGUCCAAAGGUGUCUC